AGCAAGUACUUCCUUUUGCUUCGCCGAUAAGAGAAGCGUAUCAUUCUUUUCAAUUCAUUUUCUGGUCUCUCCUUAAAUUUAUCGGAUUUGCAGAAAUUGGCUACUUCUCUCCUUCGAAUUUAGUAGAAAUUGACUAGUAUACACACUCUGUCUCUCUGUCGGUGGAGUAACAUGGCGGAUGCUUAUUGGAGGUACACCAGCGGUGGGCAGCAGGCGGCGGCGCCGGCGGCUCUUACUCCUCUCGUUGCAAAACGUCCUCGCAGCGAAUAUGAUGCUCCAAGUGGUCCUGAAUAUCCUGGCUAUUAUGGCCGUGCUGAUGAAAGGGGAAUGCCUCGAGUCAUCAGAGACGCAGAUCCUAUCGAAGCAUCCUAUGAGCGCUAUCUCCGUAGUGGGCAAAUUUCCUCCCAUGUUGCUGGUGAGUCUGCAAGAUCCAUGAAUAGUGGAAUUAAUGGCCAUUCUAUUGAAGAUCCACGUGUUAUGGGCAUUGGGGGAUCUGACCUGCUAGCUUUUAAAAGCAGGAAUGUUGGAAUGGUAGGUGGCAGACCAGAAGUUACCCUUCCUCCGGAUGCUAGCAGUACGUUGUUUGUAGAGGGUUUGCCUGCGGAUUGUACAAGAAGAGAGGUGUCACAUAUAUUCCGCCCUUUUGUAGGUUACAAAGAAGUUAGGCUGGUAACAAAAGGAUCAAGACAUGCUGGAGGCGAUCCUUUGAUUCUUUGCUUUGUUGAUUUCGCGAGUCCGCCUCAUGCAGCUACUGCAAUGGAUGCCUUACAAGAGCAGGUAUUAAUGCAAGAGAGGCAUCCCAUUGCCUCUAGAUUCUUCCUCCUUCGUUAUCAAGUGGCGGGUCAUGACAAUAUAUUCAAUAUGCUCUGGGUUGAAAGUUUGUGCAGCUUGCUCAUUCCAUUACUUUUUUCUUUAGCGAAUUGAUACCACUAGGCAGUACCACUAGAUAGAAUGUUCGUUUUUUUAAUAAAGAAAAAAUUCUCAACAGGGAUAAGUACAAAUAAAAGAGAUUAGGAUCUUAUCUUAUUAAUUCUAAUGAGGAUUCCCGUUCCAUUAAAAGCAAUGGAUUGCCUUUAAUUUUUACUAGUGAGUGGACAUUUGCUGCGUGAAUGAAAUACUUGAGAAAAAACAAGAAAAUACAUAGGCGAUGAAUUUUUUUUGGAAAUCCAAAUAGAUUAUUAUUAUAACUAAAAGGAAAUGAGGAAAGCAUCACCCAACAAAAAUACCUGGUACUUGUUGUUGGUGGGAGGUGAGGUGGUAGAUGUCUCCGUGGAAUUAGUCAAGGUGUGCGAAAGUUGGCUUGGACAUCAGUCAUAGAAAAGGAAAAAUCCUGAUGCAUCAACAGGUUGAGCCAGCAGAGAUGACAUUUUAGUUCCUUAUAUAUUCAGGUGCCAGCACGGAUUUAGCUUCUUUAAUGAUAUUGUAUGGUUGAACUUUUGGUUUUAAGUGUUUAUGGAAGACCAUAUAUCUAUUCGUUUGGUUUAGCUUUUAGAAUGAUUAUUUUCUUGAAUGUUUCUGGAAUACUCAAAGUUUUACUGUAUGAGAAUCCUCUUUGCUGGGUUUGUAU